UCGGCCUCGAUUCCCACCACAGCUCCCAAGGCAGCAGCACUGAUCAUAGGAAAUGAGAUUCUUAGCGGCAGCAUCGUAGACACAAACACCCCCUGGCUGGCCAAGCUGCUCUACAGCCGUGGGGUGGACCUGGUGAGGGUGGAGUACAUUCCAGAUGACAAGGCUGACAUCAGCGAGUCAGUGCUGAAGCUGAAGCAGCGAGUGGGCCCUGAUGGCUCUGUCUUCACCAGUGGAGGCAUUGGUCCCACCCACGAUGAUGUCACCUACGAAGCCAUUGCUGCAGCCUUCGGUGUUGGCUUGGAGCUUCACCAGCCCACAGUGGAGCGCAUGAGGGAGAACUACAGCAAGAGGGGAGUGGAGCUUAAUGAGGCGCGGCUGAGAAUGGCCACGCUUCCCCAGACUGCCGAGGUGCUGUAUACGCCGGAGCUGUGGGUCCCCCUGGUGAACCUGCGCGGUGUUUAUGUCCUGCCGGGGAUCCCCCGCCUCUUCCAGGCCAUGAUUGAGGCCCACAAGGAGCCCUUCAGAGGCCCAACCUGCAGCACAGUCACCCUCUACACCAACACUGUCGAGGGCGACCUGGCAGAUCCGUUGAGGGAGGUGGCAAAGCAGCAUCCGGGGGUGAACAUAGGCAGCUAUCCGAAUGUUGCCCAGUGUACAGAUGCACAGACAUUUAGGGUGAGGCUUCAGCUGGAGUCGAGAGACCAGCAAGCUCUGGAUGCAGCUGCAGCAGCUGUUACAGCUGCUAUA